AUGGUUAGUGGUGCGUACAGAUUUGAUUUUUCGAAUCCUGAUGAAACGUGCUUCGAAGUUGCCAAGAUGCUUCCGCAAACAGGAAUUACAGCUUAUUGUCCAACCAUUAUAACGUCACAACAGGAUUUCUACAAGAGGCUUGUCUCCGCUUUUGCGAAUUAUCAAAGUAGAACAAACUAUCCAAAAAUGUUGGGAGUACACCUUGAAGGUCCGUUCAUCAGUAGAAACUGUGCUAGGAGGCAUCCAAUAUCCUAUAUAAAAGAGUUCAGAAAUGAUCCUGCAAGCUGCUCUUCAUUUAGCAGAAACAUUUUCUCCCAGUCAAUAACUCUUGUCAUAAAUUGUAUUACUGCAUUCGGACCUCAUGAUAGCUUAUACACAUUUAUUUUACAAAAUAUUCAAGCUGACGGUGGGAAGGCUUACUUUGCUGGUACAAAAUGUUUAGCUGGAGAUACUACAUUGCUACUAACAUGUGUCAGAAGUUUUUGGCUAGAAGUCACCUGUGACAAGAUUGGUCCUGAACCUAGUGUCCCUAAAGAGUGGGUCGGACUUGGAUAA